AUGACCUCCUUGCCUGACCGUGCUUCCACAGAACAACUGGAAGAACUUCUAAAGUGCUGUAUCUGUACUGAGACGUUCGAGGAACCGUUAACGCUUCCGUGUUUACAUUCUUUCUGUAAAACAUGUCUGGCAAGAUACGUUGAAGCUCAACGCGACUUGUUACUGGUGCAUUGUGAUGGCAUACAGCAUAGGUAUAGCUGUCCGCAGUGUAGAGGCGAGUUUGAGUUGGAAGAUGGUCAAAAUGUUGAACGACUUCCAUCCAAUUUCUUCAUAAACAACAUGCUCGAAAUAUUGAAAACCCAACAAGAAGCACAGAAGCCUUCUUGUCAAUCUUGCAAGGUGAAAGAGCCAGCAACGUGCAGAUGCACCGAAUGCGAACGUUAUCUGUGCAAGAACUGCUUGACGGCGCACAGCAACUGGCCAGAUUUCAAAAAGCAUGUUGUGCUGACGCUGGAGGAAUUGGCAAAACCAGAGAACCAAGCGAAGGAGAAAGGAACGUCGCGUUGCAAGAGGCUUGGUCACGGGGAUAAGCCGCUUGAAUUUUACUGCAACACAUGCAAGGAGCUGACUUGUAUUGCUUGCGUUGUUUUAAAUCACCCGAAACCACAUCACGUUUGUCAACCUGUCGAUAUAGUGGCAGGACAACAGAAGGAAGCCUUGAAGAAGACCUCGGCAACGUUGCAGGAGAAGUCGAGCGAGGGGUUGGGCGCUUUACAAGAUAUCAAAAACGCUAUACAAAAUGUGCAAGCCAGCGCCAAAAAGGCCAAAGAUGUCGUCCUGCAACAGGAGAAACAAAUCCUACAAGAAUUUUUCGUGAAAUUGAAACAAAACACGGCAGUGUUGCUGGAGCAAGUUGAUAGCAAGCACGACGAUGUUUACCAAAAACUUGCAAAGCAAUAUACCGAUAUGAAGGCAUACGUAGACGGUGUGAAUGGUUCACUAGAGUUUGCUCGGAAUAUCGUUGAAAAUGGAGGCAAGGAAGAAAUCCUUUCCCUUGGGAAAGACAUUGAGAUGCACGCGAAGGAAAUCGUGAAGGAAUGCCCUGAGUCGUUGCGGCCAGUUCAUUAUGGUUUUCUUAAAUACGAGCAGGCAAACUCGCCGAAAGACAUUGUUGAGAAUCGUGUGGACCUGAGCGAUUUGGGAAAUAUUGUUGAUGACCCCAUACAAUCAUUGCUUGACAAUUCCACUAUCUUGGAUGGGAAUUUUGAGCAUGCCAAACAACUUGUGGAGUGGGUGGAUGAUCAUAAAUUCACUUGGCAACUUUGUUAUCGAGCUUCACGAGAUGGCUGGAAAGGAGAGGAUUUUCACAGAAAAUGUGACGAUGUUGGACCUACAGUGACCUUGGUGAAAUGUGGGAUCAACGUUUUUGGAGGUUUCACAGACCAAAGUUGGAAAAAAGCGCAAGCAUCUGCUCAAACUUUCAAGCAUUCCGAUGUUUCGUUCCUAUUCUCACUUCGAAACAAGGACAACCUGAAGCCGUUCAAGUGUCCAAUUGAAGUUCAUGCAAACGAGAAAGCAAUCUGGUGCUAUCCUGGCUUUAGUGCAACUUUCGGUGGUUUUCGUGAUCUUCACAUCAGCGGAAACGCCAACACAACUCAAAAUUCAUUGAGUAAUCUCGGUUCUACGUACCAACCCCCUCCGGGGUAUCAUUACGGCUCACCACAAACAAAAGCUCUGCUGGCAGGCAGCCACAGAUUCCAGCCAACAUCUAUUGAAGUAUUUAGACGAUAGAGAUUGAUGCGGGUAGCAUCAUACUUACGAUAUUUACGAUCCAUAGUAACUCUUUACCGCCGGCAUUAUUUACAUCUGAGCCACAAGCAAAUAUGGUAAAUUUACUAGUAAAUUCGCAGGGGUGAAAUAAUUGUCUCUCGUGAUUGGUUAAUCUCAUAUCACAUUUUCAAAUUAGUUCAUAUUCACCCAAUGGUAUAAACUGUGGUAGAAGUCAAAUCUGUGAACAUCGUUAACGAAUAUCUCAACGAUGUCGGGUAAAAUCGUUCCAGCGAUGCCAUUAUGGUGGCUUCAAUCGAGCUCUUGCACGUGGCGUCAUAGUUCGUACUUGUAACCGGCAUUCGCCAUUGUUGGUUGAAGAUUGACGGUGUUUGAAACCGUUUUGGCGUAAAACGAAUGUGAAAACGCUCGAAAACGUUACCGUGUGCACAUGGUCUUAGCUCCUCUACAAGGUGUGUCAGAAAAAACUAGAAGAUUUAAAAAUGUUUAAAAAACUAUCAUCUUAUCAAAAUAUUUCAAAAAUGUAUUUACGUCCAAGUAUUCUAACAGCAAAAACUAGCAGAAAAAUUAACCUCGAAAAGCGGGAGUACGUUUGUAAAAGCCUCAUUUUUAACCGCUUGUGCAAAGAAGA